AUGCGACAACUACAAGCAGUAGCGAUAAUUUUACUGUCCGUACUGGCGGGCGCCACCAGGUCCGAAUUGACGAAACCCGAUGUGUAUGUCAUUUUAGGAGGUACAAUAGCUGAUUUUCCGGAAUUUCCUUGGAUGGCAAUGCUUCUUUAUGAACACAAGAACUCACAACAAAUGAAGUAUAACUGCGGAGGAUCGCUGAUUAGUAGCACUUUUGUGAUUACGGCAGCUCACUGCGUCAAAGGUCCACAAUAUGAUAUCGCAGGCCCACUAAAGCUAGUGCGUCUCGGGGAAUACGACGUAAACAGUGACCCCGACUGUAUGGUGUUGGCAAACCAUCACUUUCUCUGUAGCCCAGGCAAAUUUGACAUACCGCCGAGGAGCAUUCGAGUUCAUCCCAGUUACCGGGUUGGUGACCGAAACUACCGCCAUGAUCUUGCGAUUGUGGAACUGGAAUCGAGUCCACCGCUUUCUAGUUUCAUUCAACCGAUCAAAUUACCCGACGAGGCACGACAAACUCUGAUCGCUGCCCUAGGAGCAAGAACAAUGUUUACCGUAGCCGGUUGGGGUCGAACGGAUUACUUCACGCAGCAGCUAGGAGCAAUGGCAAUGAGUCCUGUCAAGCAAAAAGUCGAUGUGCCUUACGUUGAUAAGCGUAGCUGUAGAAGGAUCUACCGUACGCAGAGGAAAACGCUAGGUUUCGGUCAACUGUGUGCAGGGGGACAACCGGGCAAGGAUGCCUGUCGCGGUGACAGCGGUUCAUGUCUGAUGCUUCGUGAUCGGCAGGAGGGUUGGGUACUGCUGGGCGUCGUUUCGUUUGGGACCGAUACUUGUGGCGUACAAGGUUGGCCCGGGGUUUACACUGAUCUGCGGAAAUACACGAAAUGGAUUAGAGCGAAUGCGGUUCCGAAGUUGUUUAACUGA